CCUGGAAGCUGAACGGCUCUUUUCCAAUGUGCGAGCGCGCGCUGGAUGGGCUGCAGAGGCUUCUAGGACAAUGCUUGGGCAAAGAGGAAGAGGAUGAGGCGCCCGAAGUCUACAGCGCCAGAUAUGUGCCCCUCCGGCGAGCGCUGCCGGAGACGCUGCGAAGGGCUUGUCUCCAGGCGUCCCCCACGGUCCAUUUGCGCGCGGAGCAGGCCUUUCGGCGCUCCAAGAGGAAGUUCCCGCAGCAUUUGCUGCAUGCUACUCUGCAGUCUGCAGGCUUGGGGGAAGCUACGUACUACUUCGAGGUGAACUGCGAGUCGGUGGUCCAGAAGUCUUUCGUGCAUUGGCGCCUGGGCAGCCUCUUGGAAGGACCUCCAGGCCACUGUCAUGGAGGUUGUGUCGCUGCGCUCAUGGAUGAUGCGUUCGGCUCCUUUACCAACACCUACCUCCGGAGCUCCGGAAGCAGCGGGGAGGCGGUGACCGCGUACUUGAAGGUGGACUACAAGGCGCCGACGCCCCUGCCCUCCGAUGUUGUUUGCGUGGUGGAGCUGGAACGCUCCGAGGGCCGCAAGAUCUUCCUCUCAGGCUAUAUGCUGGUGGACAAAGGCAGCUUCCAGAAGAGCUGCGAAGCCACAGCCCUCUUCGUGGAGCUCAAGGCCGGGUAUGCCGCCUUGGCGCCCAAAUGAUGUUC